CAUCCAUCUUUAUCGGAGGAUUUGUGGAGAAGUUUAUUCCGUGGUAUCGUUUUUUGACGAUUUUAACUUUCAGAAAAUGUGUGGAGGAUUUACUUGUUCAAAAAACGCUUUAACAGCGCUUAAUAUUCUCUAUAUUAUUGUAUCAUUUAUAUUGAUUGGUGUUGCAGCCUAUGGAACAGCAGCUAGCAUUGUUACCAAUAUUGCUAUUAUUGCAGCAAUUAUUGGAUGUGGUGUAUUCCUGUUUUUACUUUCAUUACUGGGUCUGAUUGGUGCAAUCAAGCAUCAUCAAGUAUUGCUCUUCUUUUAUAUGGUUAUUCUGUUUCUUUUAUUUGUUGUUCAGUUCAGCAUAGCUUGUGCUUGUUUAGCUUUCAACAAAGAACAGCAACGUGAAAUGGCAGAAAAAGGAUGGAGGAAAGCUUCGUUUAAAAUUAAAGGAGAAGCACAAAGAAUGUUUCAUUGUUGUGGUUUUGUAGAGCGAAAUGUUUCAGAUGCAUCGAUGAAAGGACCUGAUUGCAAAGAAGUUACAGUUUGCUGCAACGACCAACAAUGUAAUUGCCCACCUUGUUAUCUAAAACUUCAAGAUGAAAUUGAUUAUGCUUUAAAAAUCAGUGGAGGUAUUGGCUUAUUUUUCAGUUUUACAGAGUUUAUUGGUGUAUGGUUGACUGUACGCUACCGUAACCAGAAAGAUUCACGAGCUAAUCCUAGUGCUUUUCUCUAAAACUAACUUUUAUUUUGUUGGCAGAGGUCUUAACAAUCUGGGUAGCAUACAGAUAUAGAUCAAGAAGGGAUCCACGUGCCAAACCUCAUGCCUUUUUAUGAUUGUGAAAUAUUUAUUUUCAUCAUGUUAUUAAAUUUAAUUCAUCAAAUGUUUUUGUUUUUCCAUAAUAUAUAUAUUAUGCAGCAUUCACUCAUGUUUUGAUUCACUUAGAAAGUGUGUGUAAAAUAAAUACAUAGUAGUUUUGCAUUGAAACUUUUUAUAUGCUUCUAAUUAAUGAUAUAUAUAUAUAUAUAAACAGUAUAUAUAAUUAAUUUCAGUAAAAUACAUCUGAAACAUUUUCAGAUUUCCUAAUUGAUAUUUUUUGACACUUAAACUGCUACUAUUCAAAGCUUCACUGCUGAUAUUAAAUAUACAGCACAUCUUAAUGUAGAUGAUACUAUAACUGACAAAUCGCAAAUAAAAAUAUACGGUUUCAAGUUCUCUUCACUAGUGAUGUGAAUAUUGUGUAAAUUGUUGAAAAUUAUGUGCACUUUUAAACUAAAAUGAUGUACUUAAUUUCAAUAUGUCUCACUAAAAGAAAUACAGUGAAAUUUUUCUAUGUUUAUGCAUGGUUAAAUUAAAUACUGUAGUUAACUUUCAGGGUAUUCUUUUUAACUGGAGUUAAUUGGUUAACUUUUUUCAGAAUUUGAUCAGUUGCUCAAUGAGGCUAUUUAAUAAUAAGUCUCAUAAACAGGUGUGUUGAAUAAUUGAAAACAAUUCUAGCCUCUACCAGCAGAAAUAUUUUAUCUAUCGAAUGCUUUUAGCCGACUGGACAGCCAUCAUCAGGAUCAAGACUAAUAAGAAAUUGGAAUGGGGAAUAUAGAAUUUAUACAAUUUUAAAAUUUUGUCUUAGAAUUGCCUCAGGGUAUUAGUAUUAACAUUAUUGUCAAUGCACACUAUUCUCAGCAAGUUUAUUCCUUUGUCAAAGUUAAUUGCAAUAUAAAAUAAAUUGAAAAAGAAUAGUUAUUAAUGUGAUAGCAAUUAGCAAAUGAUGAUUUGACACAUGCUAUCUAUCACCAUAAGUUUUACAGGCAUUCUUGAUUAUUUUCUCUUAGUAUGAAAGGUUUGGUUAAUUUUGUUGAAGGAAAUAAUUUCUUUAAAGUAUUUUUACAUUAAAUUCUGGCUAUUUUUUUAGUUUCUAUUAUAAAUUUUUAAUACAUAAAAGGAGAAGAAAUAUACUAUAAACUUUUAAUGUAGUUUUUAAUUCUUAAGAUAUCAUUAAUAAUUGAUAAUUUUGAUACUAGUGUUAUCUAAAGCAAUUUUUCAUCAGAAUGAAACAUCUGUUUGUGCUGUUUAAUUGCUAUAAUUUUUUCCCAGUUGUAUCAAUUUGUUGUAAUCUAUGAUUGAUUAAGCUAUAUUUAAACAGAUAUUAAAUCAUUUUAACUGUAUCUUUAGGCCAAGUUACUAAUAUUGAUUUAAUAUUAGCCUAAAUGUAGUCCAAUAAAGUCAGUGAUUAGAUAUUUGAAUUAAUGUUACAGUAUAAUUGUGUUAUUGAUUGUAAUUAUUCUGCAUUUUAGAUUAAAAAACAUUUUAAAGCUAAAACUAAAAAAACAUGUUGUAUCUUGGAAAUGUCUUUCUCUCUUAAGUUCAUUGUUUGUGCUGUUUUGUAGGAUGAUGGGUGGAAAUUUUUAGUCCCUGGACAUUUCCUAUAUGUAAUUAAAAUAAAUAAAUAUGCAGGAAUUCAUCCAAAAAAGAUACAUAUGCAUAUACAGAAGUAAUAAUCAAAGUGAUAUGAACAACUUUGGCAAUUUAUUACAGUAUAAUUAAGAUGGAUGGGCAAAGAUAUUUAAAAAAAAGCUUAUCUUUUUAAAACAAAAAUAUUUCUCAUUUUUAAACUUUUUACAAUACCUCAGUGUGAAUCUUGCAUGUAACUUUGCAGACAUUAAUACAGUAAUCAAAAUUGUCUCUUUUGCAGCUCAAUAAUAGUUAUAACAAUAUGCUGUCAUAACCCUUGCAGAUCUGUUGGAAACAGUAAAGGACAGUAUAUUUAUUUUCUUAUUUCCAUAGAGAUUUAAGAUGUCUGAUCUGUUGUGCUGGCUACUGAGAUCAUCGAAUUCAAGUAAUUGAAGUUUGGUCAAUUAAGCAAUGCAGCAGGUUUUCAUUUAGACACUUUUCUCCUGCAUUUUUUAAAAUGUUAUUUUCCUGUGCAAGAAAGUAAGAGCCGUCAGUCAGUAUGUCAAGGUAAGAAAUGUCUGUUGCUAUGUCUUUCAUAAAGAAAAGGCUGUACAUUUUUCUGGAUAUUAAACAGCAAGCAUUUAGUUUGGAAAUUUUCUAUUUCUCUUUAUAUCAUUCAUAUUGAUUCCUACCAUCUCAGUUUUCAUUCAUUAUUGGAGAUUAAUACAAAAUCAAUACUUGUAGCAUUCACAGUUUUUAGAAAGUAUUGUUAGCCAUCUUCAAGAAUAUCCAAAUGGCUUUCUGCAGAAUUCAAAGCUCUGCUGAUCUUAGUUUCUUAACUUCCUCAAAUACAAAGUUAAUAAAAGGUCUGAUAUUUCUUUUAUAAAUUUGUUACGUGUGUUUCAUUGGAUAUCAUCUGUACUGCACUGCCUAGAGUCCAGAUUCACAGAAGCAUUGUAGUGGAACUUAUGACAAAUGUUUGCCUUUAGUUGUUAUACGACAAAAUUUGGUAUUCAGAAAAGUUAUCAUAACUGAAAAUGUUAUUACUAGGCAUCUUUACAUUAUGAAUGGGUUGUCAUAAGUUGACAAUUUAAGUUGGUGAUAAGUAUUUAGCUUUCUUGAUUGAUGAAUUACAUAGUUCAUUGAAAAUUUAUAAUUUGUUUCAUCUGUUGAUUGAAGACAUUUUGUUAAUUAGAAAAGAUAAAAAAUACAAAAUACAAUAAUAUAAAAAAUAUGAAAAGAAUAUAAAAAAUUGAAUCUUUAACACAAUUUUAUAAUCAUAUGACAUUACAAUAAUACGACAUAUUACAAUAAUAUGUCAUAUUUAUGCUCAGCAAAAAAAUAAGUGUUUUGAUGCAAUUAGUUUUAUUUGCUGAGAAAGUGGUGGUUAGUCAUAUUUGGCUGUCAAAUUUAUAAAAAUAAAGUUAAAAAUUUGAUUGUGUAUGAUAAGUUUUAAACAAGGGGCUGGACACAAGGCCACUUGACACUGCUCGCAGUGGUAUCUUGUUUCCUAUCUCUCUCCUUCUCAGCAAUAUUAAUUAUAAUAAUAAGAACACACCUGAAUUCCAUUUGCCGAGUUUUUUCUCUUUAUUUCAAACAUUUUCAGCCUAUUUGAAUAGGUCAUCUUCAGGCUUUCAUUCAUCUUGUUUCCUUUCAAAUUUUUUCCCCUUUUUGUCUCAUUUGUUGCAAUAUACAGCACAGCAUCUAGUGGGAGCAGCUUUUCUGUUGGUCGGUGGAAUAAAGUCUGGGAAAUGUCUUUCCGUAAGUCUAAGUGGACCUGGAGUUCUCUGCCGACCAUAUUUACUGACCAUCGUUUUGGUGUGGUACUCUGCUAUUAGCUGUUCUAUCAAAUUCAUCCUAAAUGACAAGUUAGUUCUUCCUCCACCAUUUUAUAUAUAUAUAUACAUAAUACUUAUGCAUUAUAAAUUGAAAUAUCCAAUAAAUGAAAAAAUAAUUUUUUGUAGUAUUUCUUCCCCCAUUUUCUCACCAUUGGAUAAUCAUGGAGAUGCUGAUCUAAAAGAUCAACCCUCCCAUUGUGUUGUUGUAGUCAACAACAAGCUGUGGCUUCAUUUUUACACUACCAGUACGCAUUUAUGUACUACAUUCCACAGUCCAACAAUGACUGUGGAAUGUAACGAGUAGAGUGACAGGUCUCUUGUCCUGCCAUUUUACAAUCAUCACUUUACCUCUUUGCAUUGCCACAGUCUCUCCUUGUUUCAAUUUUUUUUUGUGGAUUAUAUUUGGAAUAUCUUUCCUGGUCAUAUGUAGUGUUCCAUAAUAAUCUGUCUGGCAAGUUAUUAGAUAAUCCACUAACUGUGGGGAAGUAUAAUAGUUAUCCAUUGUUAGACAGUAUCCUUUGCCUAACAAUGGCUCCACUAACAAUAACGUGAUUUGGGAUGAUAGUGACAUACGUUGUGUUUUUCAUUUAGUUGAAUGCCUUUUCUGGUAUAAAUUACAAAAGAUGUGAAUCCGCAUCCAGAUACUUGUACAGUUAUAAAAUUUCACACCAAAACGAGACCAUUGAGGGAAAUGUACUGCUUCCAAGAAAGAUGGCCUUUGAAUAAGAGUAGGCUCUUGUCAAUGGCAAUAUUUUUUGUUCUGCUAUAUAAAAACAGCAGAAUUUUGAAUUUAAAUUUUCUACUAGUGGCCAAAUUUUGUUCAAUUUCAGAUUGGGGUGUGUCUCCAGAUCAUAACUUUCGUUGUCUGCAAAAUGUAAAAAUUGUUUUAUCUCUAGAUCUCUAGUUAUAUCUUAGACAUAAUUUACCAAAAAUUGGUGUGAGAAAUAUUUUGCUUUUUUAUUUUUUCAACUCAUCUAUCUGCACCUGUAUUUUAGAAGAAAUAAAAUGAUGCCUUCUUUUUCUCUAUCUCAUUUUAUCACUGAAACUCGUGUUGGAGAUAACUUGCACCAUUUGAAAGUUCCAGACUAUAUUCAUAUUGGAUGAAACAGUAUAUUCCCAAAAUCAGAUCACUGAUAUUUUGUCAUAAAUAGUAAAUCCAGCUUCAUGAAUUGCAGAUACAAUAUGUUGUAAAUUUGUCAUAUUUAACUACAAUGCGAGAAUACGGCAUUGCAACUAAUGACACUUUCGUGAAUCUGGGCCUAGGACUCAAUAAAUUCAAUAAACUGCUUAUAUACACUUAGGAAAAGUUUGAGUUGGUGCAUUCUUGUAAAAUCUAGAUUGAAAUAAUUAUAAAAAUCUAUAGAAAUAAAUCUAUACAGUGAUUGAUUUCUUUAUUAUGUACACAAUGUGAUUUUUCUAUGAGACAUGCCUAUAUGUAUAUAUAUAUACUCGUAUACACACACACACAUUUCAUAUUAACACUUUGAAAUUUUUUAUAUUCCAAUUAGUUCCUAUGUAUAUUGAUUAAAUUUUUUCACAAGCACCAAUAAAACAUAUACAGUAGCCCCUCGUUGUGUUCCACUUGUGGCACAAACCAAAUGAGCAAUAUAUCAGAUGGCUCAAUAUAACUGAUGUAUCUAUCCACCUGGUUUGUCUAUUUUUGAUCUCUGAGAGAACUGCUUUUUUUAUGAGUUGUAUUUCAUAAAAUGGUAGUUUCAAGCUCAAUGAUUUGUAACAUUUCUUUGUCAGUAGAAAUUCAAUUGUGACUGAUACUUUAAAAGUUAUUGGCUAAAGCACUUAUAAUGAUAAUUGGAUCACAAAAAAGCACAGUAUGUACUAAUGAUCAGCAUAACAAAGGUUACAGUAUUUAAUUAGUUUUAACAUCUUAUUUUCUAUGUAGUAAUUCUAUUUGAUUCUUAUUUGAUGGAAGUAUUUACACAAUUUUCAAAAUUAAUUUGGAAGUUUUAAAUUAUACCUUUUCUUGUUUGUUUUCUAAUUUUUUUACAUAUUACAAUAUACAAUGUGUAAAUUAUUAUA